AUGAGGGUGCACGGCGUGGUGGUGCUCGUCGGCGGCUGCGACGACCUCGGCCUGGAGAUGUGCCGCACGAUCGUCGGAAGUCAUCGCGUCUCUCGUCUCUACGUCGCCUGUCGCAACCUCGACCUCGCCCAGGUGACUUCGAAUUGGAAAUAUCGGGAAAGCGGACGAUGGAGGGCUAUUUCGAAGAUUUUUUGUGAAAGUAUUUUUUUUUUUGAACACGCGUAGUUUUUUUUUUGCUCAAGUCGUCCACACUUUUUAAAAUAUUUGAUUCGAAUUUAUUUAUUCGAUUUUUUGUUAAGAUACUCCGUGAGCUUUCCUAAACCUAUUUCAGGAGCUGCGAGCAAUCGAAGAUCCAGGAAAGAAACUGAGGAUAGUGGAGUGUGACGUCACUCGCGACUGGAGCAUUCAGGUUUUGUCAUCUUCAGCCACAGACCAAAUUGUGAUUUGAAGAACGCCGUGAAACUGAUCAAUUGUGGGAAGAUCAACUGCUUGAUUCUCAACACGUCAUCAAAUCAAGCCGUAAUUCAAGAUAUUUAGUAGAAUCUAUUGGUAUUCAUUCAGAACGGCGAGGACACCGUAGAGAAGGCGAAAAGGGACACCUGGCAGCGGAAUUUCGACGUCAACGUCUCCUCCGUUUCAGUUCUAUUGAAAGUUUGUGGCUGCUCCGGUCCAACUGAAGAGCUUCAUUUGUUGAGGAAACGCUUCCUUUGCUGAAAGCUGCGUUGAAAGAAAACGAAGUCGUGACCGUGGCCUCGAUCUGCAGCCUGUCAGCUUCCCUCAGACUUCCAAUUCAGACGAAGGACGUUUCCUUCGCUUGCAGUCAGGUGACCAAUGUGGUUGGAAACAGCAUGGGGAGAAGAAAAUAGGCAGCCUUGCACCAGUUGAUUCGAAUUUUCUCUACGGAAAAUCCCCGCAUGACAGUCGUGUCGAUUGCUGCAGGCUUCGGACUCACCAUCAGAACUGUUGGUUCCGUUUUCUUCAUUUAUUUAUUCUCUCAGACAGACUAUUUCUUGAAAUUUUUGGAUUAAAAUCUGAACAAUCAGCUUAAUCUUCUUCUAUUCUCCCUGGAAAAAGAUAAACAGACAUUUAAAAAACUUUUCUUUUGUGAAUUCAUUUUUUCGGUAACUUUCGGAGUUUCUUCAGCUUCACAGCGUUCAAAUCGCCCGAGAAGUGUUGCGAGUGGUGGACAAAGUCUCAGAAGAUCAAUCGGGAGCUCUGAUCGACCACACUGGAGCUCGCAUCAACUUCUGA